AUGUUUCGACAAAGAAGAAGCUCUCAGAAACCAGCAGAUGCGCUGCUGGCCAACUUUCGCCAGCAAUUCCCAGAACUGGGUGUUGCCGGUGGGGCACAAACUGACCAUGUUGCGGCGGAUAACAACAACGACGCGACAUUGGGCGAGCCUCAAGAAGAAGGGGCCCCUCACAUGAACAAUGCUCCUUUCCAUGACCACGACCCGACGCCUCGAGCGAGCAAUGAGCCCUGGAGGUUCACGCCCUCCCUCAUGGACCCCAACUCGUUCUCCUUCAACACCUUUGCAAACGCACAACCGGGCUACUACACGCCUACUCCAGGAGGUACCAACACGCUCUUCUUUACGCAGCAACGUGACUUACAGACUCCAGUCGGCAUGACAGCGCCUGGCCUAGAAACCCCCCUGUCUAUGUCGGCUGCUGGUGCCAUGAACACCGUACCGGGUGUCAUGGAUAUUGGGGGUUUCCAGCCGCUCCAGCCUCACCAGAUGCACCACUUCAACCCCUUCGUGACGGCGCCUCCUCCUCAGAGCUUUGCCCCUUCGUCUUUUGUUCACCAGGACACAGGUUACGAGACGAUGGACGCUGAUGACUCCCCGAUACGGACGAAUCCCUCAGAUGAGCGCAUGCCGUCCAUCGACUCGGCUUUCCAGGAGCAGACUCCCAUGAUGGCCUUUCAGCAAGGACACAUGCCCUCUGCCGCACACUUUGGCGCCGUUGCCUUGCCCAUGUCGGCCGAGAACUUCCGCUUCCACUCAACCCUGAACGCACCGACAGCCAUGAUCAAACAAGCCGACGAAAUCCCCGUGACGUACCUGAACAAGGGGCAGGCAUAUCAGCUGUCGAUCAUCGACACGCGCGCCUCGCUUCCCCUGGCCCCUGGAACGAAAUUCCGCACCUUUGUGCGCGUCUCGUUCGAGGAUGAUGAACAACGACAGAAGCCCGGAGUUUGCUGGAGUUUGUGGAAGGAGGGGCGCGGGGCCAACGAAGCUCAUCAAAGAGGAGGGAGAUUACAAGCGGUGGAGUACGUGGAAGCGGGACAACCAGGCGAGGGCGACGAUAAAAGGACCAAGGUGGAGCUCGAGUCAGCAUCCUUCGACGGAUUCUCUGUGGUCUGGACGCCUGGAGCCCAUGGACAAGCCGACGUCAACAUUGCUGUCCGUUUCAACUUUCUCUCCACCGACUUCAGCCACUCGAAAGGCGUCAAGGGCAUCCCAGUACGGCUCUGCUCCAAGACCACUGCAUUAGGUCCGGAUCCCGCACAACAAAGUCCGACAAGCUCCCCGGCCGAGGUCUGCUACUGCAAGGUGAAGCUCUUCCGCGACCAUGGCGCCGAGCGCAAGCUCUCUAACGAUGUCGCCCACGUCAAGAAGUCGAUCGACAAGGUCAAGCACACCAUAUCGCAAGUCGAGAGCGGAAUGAAGGACUUCAGCAAGAGGAAGAGAGGCGGCGGCGGCUUCCCUGGGAAGCCCAAGAUGGAGAUGCAGCGCCCGGGCAAAGUUCAGAAGCACAAACGGACAUGGUCCAUGUCCUCGGCCAGCUCAGCCGACGGCGGUCACGGUGGCCAGGGCGCGCGGAGUCACAUGGAGGACGACUUACAUGUCAAGCUACGGACACUGCAGGACAUGUUCUCGAGCCCAAGGCCAGUCAGUGUCUUAUAUCUCCGCGGCGAGGAGCACGACGACCCCGAUGCGCACCCCGUUGUCAUGGCAGGCGAAGAGGCUGAAGCAAAGGCCGAGGCGAUGCCACGAGACGGAACUAAUUGGCAGGCCCGCGGCGCGCAGGAGUCGAACACUGCAUCCAUGGUGUCGCCAGCACCCAGCUCACUAUCCAUCCCAUCGCAGAGCUCAGGCGUGGCUCAGGGACACAAAUGGCAGAACUUGGACGGUAUCUCGACCGGCGAAUCGACGCAAAAAGGCCCCGAUCAGUCGCCCAUCAAGAUUCAAAAGACGGACGAAGAGGGCAAACUGAGUGGCUGGAUCGAGGCACUUGGAGUUGACCCAAGCUACCGACCACCCCCCGAGCAAACACCCAAACCGUCCGCAUGCUUUUACAUGCUGCGACGCGAGAAUAAGGAGGCUCCCCCAGCGGCUGGACAGCUCCACCACGCCGUGUACUUGUACGAGCGCAGCUUGGCCGAGUUUAAUCGUCGAGUGGCCCACAAGUUUGGCGUCGACGCCAGCAGGAUCGAACAGACCAUCCACGUCCUCCAGAGUGGUCUUGAGGUGGUGGUAGACGACGAUGUCGUCCUGAAUUUGAGGGAGGGACAAGACAUGACCCUCGAUAUCGACACCGCACCAGCAUCUGUCAAGCGCGAAUGGGACAUGGCCGUGGACGAACCUUUGGCAGACGAGACGACCACGACGACGACACAAGCACCGGCGCCCAAGCUUGUCCUUCGUGUGGCAUUCUGA